UUCACAUGCUUUAAAAUGUCUUUGCACAGCCAUUGGCCGGUUUUAGCAGUGGCCUACAUUUGGGGAAAACCUGCAGCCAGCCCUGUCCUGGGCCUGAAAGAAUGCACCAGAGGCUCAGCAGUGUGGUGCCAGAACGUGAAGACGGCAGCCGACUGCGGGGCCGUGAAGCACUGCCUGCAGACCGUCUGGAACAAGCCGACAGUGAAAUCCCUUCCCUGUGACGUGUGCAAAGAUGUCAUCACCGCAGCUGACAACAUGUUGAAAGAGAAUGCCACUGAGCAAGAGAUCCUCGUGUACUUGGAGAAGACCUGCGACUGGCUUCCUAAGCCGGACAUGUCGGCCUCAUGCAAGGAGAUGGUGGACACCUACCUCCCAGUCAUCCUGGACAUGAUUAAAGGACAGAUGAGCCAACCCGAGGAGGUGUGCUCCGCGCUCAGUCUCUGCGAGUCUCUUCAGAAGCACCUGGCAGAGCUCAAUCGCCAGAAGCAGCUCGAGUCCAAUAAGAUCCCAGAACUGGACAUGGCGGAGAUGGUGGCGCCUUUCAUGGCCAACAUCCCCCUCCUCCUCUACCCUCAGGGCGGCCCCCGCAGAGAGCCCCAGCCGAAGGCUGGUGGGGAUGUUUGCCAGGACUGCGUCCAGAUGGUGACCGACAUCCAGAAUUCUGUAAGGACCAACUCCACCUUUGUGCACGCCUUGGUGGAACAUACCCGGGAGAAGUGUGACCUCUUGGGGCCUGGCAUGGCCGACAUGUGCAAGAACUAUGUCGACCAGUACUCUGACAUUGUUAUCCAGAUGAUGAUGCACAUGCAGGAUCAGCAACCCAAGGACAUUUGUGCAAUGGUCGGGUUCUGUGAGCAGGAGGUGCCCAUGCAGCCUCUGCUCCCUGCCAAAGUGGUCUCGGAGGACGUCAUCCCUGCUCUGGAACUGGUGGAGCCCAUUAAGAAGGGCCUGGUGCAGGCGAAGGAUGAUGUUUUCUGCGAGAUGUGUGAAUACGUGGUGAAGGAGGUGGUCAAGAUGAUCGACAGCAACAAGACUGAGGAAGAAAUAAUUCAUGCUUUCGAUAAAGUGUGCUCAAAACUGCCCAAAUCCUUGUCGGAAGAGUGCCAAGAGGUGGUGGACACUUACGGCCGCUCCAUCCUGUCGAUCCUCCUUCAGGAGGCGAGCCCUGAGCUGGUGUGCAGCAUGCUCCAGCUCUGCACCAAGCAGAGGCUGCCUGCACUGACCGCACACGUGACUCAGCAGAAUGACGGUGCCUUCUGCGAGGUGUGCAAAAAGCUGGUUGGCUAUUUGGACAACAACCUGGAGAAAAACAGCACAAAGGAGGAGAUCCUGGCUGCUCUUGAGAAAGGCUGCAGCUUCCUGCCCGACCCAUACAAGAACCAGUGUGAUCAGUUUGUGACCGAGUACGAGCCCAUGCUGAUAGAAAUCCUGGUGGAGGUGAUGGAGCCGUCCUACGUGUGCUCGAAAGUUGGAGCCUGCCCCAAAGCCCCUAAGCCUCUCUUGGGAACGGAGAAGUGUGUGUGGGGCCCGAGCUACUGGUGCCAGAGCACGGAGACAGCGGCCUUGUGCAACGCCGUCGAGCAUUGCAAACGUCACGUGUGGAACUAGAAAGACUGUUCCAUCUUGGAGAAACCACAGCAUCUGUUCCUACUUGUAUGUCUGGGGGAAGGAACACAGAUCUUUCGACUUUGUUAUAGAAAUAGGCCCCCCUUUCCCUCACGCUGUUCCUUAUCUCCCUUAUUGUAACAUUGCUGUCAGCGCGGGAGGUGCCUAGCCUGCUGCUGACAUAGUG